UUUGAUCUGGCUCGGACGACGACUUUGCUGCGUCUGUGGGAAAACGCCGAGGAAUUGCAGGAUUCCGUGAAGCAGCUAUUUGAUAUCUGAGUAAAUUCGAUUUCUAGAUGGAUCUGGAAACUGAAAAUCGAAUAGCUUCGAUUCUCUUAAGAGAAGCAGCAGAAUUGAGGAGACAAGCUGAGAAAGAUGGAGUUCGAGCAUAUCUUGAGAAGCCUAAUGUAAGGCAUCGACCUAACUCUAGAUUUCUCACCGCUACUGUUCUUGGUGUUCAGCAAGCAAACAAAGCUUUAGAAACCAAUGAGAUGUGGAAUCUUCGGAGUAAAGAGAUUGAGUUUGAUGAGAGGCUCAAACGAAAAUCUAGAGAGGAGAGCAGCAGUGGUCAAAGUGAGCACAACAAUAGGAGAGGUUUUGUUAAGAGAUGCACUUCACUUGAUGAGAAUGUUACUUCUAGUUUAUCGACAUCACCAUCAAGCCAGAACAGAAACAAACGAUGGCAAUCGGAAAAUGAUAAUGAUGAAGGCUUAGGAGAUGUCAACGGUGAGAAUUUUCGCCAGUCAAGGGUCAAUCGUGGCAGAGGCAUUGUUGGUCCUAGGAUGGAUGAAACAUUCCCUUGUCUUCCUGUCGCAGAAUUUUCAAGAACUUCUGAUACAGGAGAUCGGAAGCUAGUACCUAAGCCAGAGCGAUCGCCUUUAUUGAAAUGCCGAACGGAUUCUUCUGAGGAGGAGGUUCACGAACGUGCUCACAGGAAAAGAAAGGAGCAUAAGAAGAAACACAAGUCAAAAGAGAAGAAAAGGGAUAGGAAGAAGAGGAAAUAUUGUAGGGACUAGAUCUUUUCCAGACAAAAAAUGCCUUUACACCGGCAAUGAUGUUGUGUUUACUAAUAUGAUCAUAUAUUAUUAAUUCUAGUAUUAACGAUUACGUCUCGAAACCAUA